UUUGAGUGUUUGGAGGUUAAUGCGGCCAAUAGUAUAAAGCUUCAAGAUCAAUAAGGCUUAUCAAAGGAGAGCCACUUUAUACACUGGGCUUACCUAACUUUUGGGGCUAUUUACUUUCGUUCGGGGCUGUCCGAUAAAGAGCCUACAUUUCAUAAUUUGGAGCAUGAAAGAAAAAUUCAAAGCCGAUGGCAAUCCCACGGCUUUUCGAAGACCUACUAUUUUUUUUAGAUCUUCUUUAUACUUAAAGGAGGGUAGGGAAAAUAUAUUGAAAAGUAUGCGCGAACAAAAAAAUAGGCAAUUAAGACGAAGAUUGGCUGGUGACGUUGAUAUAAAACUUGAACACGAUUUUAACGUUCAAUUUGAAAAACUGUACGACAUGAAGAAGAAGGUUACUUCUAAACUUCUCUACGACUCCCGUAAGGUGGAACAGUUAACUUUAAAUCUUAAUUUAGCUCAAGAAAAAAUCUCUGGAAUGCUUAAAGUUUUCGAUGCCUUUGAAAAGCGGUUGACCAACCUGGAGCCGGCCUCAGGCUCGCUCUACCUCGAAGCCCACACAAUGUCGACGACUAUAAGAAAUCUUGAAGAGGCGGACAGAGCCUUCGCUAAGCUGCUCUCCCACUUUUCUGUUUACAACGAAACUAAAGACAUAUUAAAGGAUCCCCACCGUUUCACCAAUGACUCCGAACUUUUCCUUAAAAGCUUGGAAAAAGCUCUAAAUUCCCGGCGGUAUUUUGAAGAUCACCCACUGAAAAGCGCUGAAGAAUCCCUUUCCCUCCUGAAUUCACUAUGUGCUGCCGGCCUUCUGGGGGUUCAAAGAGCUUUUAAAACCCUUUGCAAAAGCAGCAGUUUUUCGGUCAACUUGCCUCCACCAGAAGCAGGCCUUGAAGCCGAACUUGAAAGCCUUUCUACUUUGCGCAUCCCGGAAAGUGUAGCUGAAGAGCUUCAUCAGAUGUCUGAAUUUCUUCAUGAGAAGGCCAACGAUACGGAACACUGCACAGUUUAUGAGAAAUCCCGGUCGGACGCGCUGGUCUACACUUUGCUAACCAUCUCCAGAGGCGGCUCUGAGCAUUCAAGCGCUUCCGCAGAUAAAGCAAAGAAAGAUGAUAAAGCAAAAAAGAAAAGUAUUAUUUUUUUUGAAUUUGAAUCCUCUAAACUUUAUGAGAAAGGGAGCCACCCAUUUGUGAUGCUCAUUUCCAUCUUCUCUCACAUGAUAGUGCAAGAACACGACCAGUGGCUGCGCAUUAUGGGCCCGCGUAAAGGAUCUUUUGAGGGCGCGCUUUCACAGGCACUGGAAGUAUUUGUAAACACCGGCGAGUUUCUGGUUAGGAUGGCCAAUGGAGACAUGGAAAGAAAAGAAUUCUUUCUUUUUUUACCUCUUCUAGAUGUUGUUUCACAGCUUAAAAGUCCGUCGUUCGACUUUAUAAAAGAGAGAGUAAAACAGAGCUACAAUCAAAUAGACAGACUCAUUGAGACGUACACCACCACUUGUUUGAGGUAUCUCCACGAAUAUUUUGCGGAGGUCAAGAAAGGAACCCACAAACCUGUCUCUGACGGAACCGUCCACUCUCUUACAGUUAAAGUCUUAUCGUUCAUACCGAGACUUCUAGAGUACAAAAGCGCGCUAGAAAGUUUUGUGCAUCGAUUCAACAGAGUCACUGAUGAGUCUGAAAAUAAACUUUCGGAGCUUGUGGAGGUGCUUGUAAAUGAAUUAAGGUCACAGCUCUUCCUUCUUGCGGACUACUGCUCUCAGAAAGCGGGCGACGAUGCAAUAAAUCAUAUAUUUUUAAUUAAUAAUUUCAACUACAUCCAGAAGGCGAUUGUAACCGGAGGUAUACGCGAGCAGCUCGGAAGUAAAACACUUUUGCAGGAUUUUUACGAUCUACUCCAACAGGAUAUCCUGAAAAGAUUCGAUUUUUAUAAAGAGACCUAUUCAAAGUUACUUAGUUUUAUUGACUUCAAGCCCGAAGCAAAAUCUCUUAAACAUCAAAAAGAUCAGAUUAAGGCGUGCUACAAGGGUUUCAAUUCAGAGUUUGAAGCUAUAAGAAACAAACACAAGUCAUACGCAUUCCCCGAUCCGGAUGUCCGUGCACAAUUGAGUGAAGCUGUUCAAGAUUUAAUAAUUCCCCCCUACAAAAAGUUCCGCACUUUAACUUCCGAGAAUGACCAACAGGUUAACUUUUCGAAGUAUGCUAAGUACUCCAUUCAAAGUCUGCGCAUAGAAAUAAACCGUUUUUUCAGUCCUUAAUAAUU